GCAAGCUAACAAAAGCCUUCCACUGAUAGUCUUGAAGCGUUCUUCGAGCUUAGCAAGGCGAGAUCACAGUUUCGUUCGAUCCACCAGUCUAGCUUCUACUAGCUUUUGGUUCCAGCUCGCGAUGGCUUCUCGUCAGGAGCAGGCUAGCUACCACGCCGGCGAGACCAAGGCCCGUGCCGAGGAGAAGGCGGGGCAGGUGAUGGGCGCGGCGCAGGAGAAAGGGCGGGAGGCUAAGUCCAAGGCGUCCGGCGCCGCCGACCGCGCCAUGGGCAGGGGCCACGAUGCCAGGGAGGCCACCAGGGACAAGGCGCGCGAGGCCGCGGACCGCACCAUGGGGAUGGGCCACGACGCCAAGGAGGCGACCAGGGACGAGGCCUACCAGGCCAAGGACGGGGCCUCCGACGCCGCGGGCCGCGCCGCGGGCAAGGGCCGCGUCGCCGCGGAGGCCACCAGGGACAAGGCCUGCGAGGCCAAGGACAAGGCGUCCGAGGCGGCCGGCGCCGCCGGGGACCGCGCCCGCGACGGCGCGCAGCAGACCGGGAGUUACAUCUCGCAGACGGCCGAGGUCGCCAAGCAGAAGGCGGCCGGCGCCGCGCAGUACGCCAAGGAGACCGUGGUGGCCGGCAAGGACAAGACCGGCUCCCUCCUGCAGCAGGCAGGGGAGACGGUGAUGAACACGGCGGCGGGGGCCAAGGACAAGGUGGUGAACACUGCCGUGGGGGCCAAGGACGCCGUGAUGAACUCGCUCGGGAUGGCCGGAGAGAACGACGACGGCACCACCACCAAUUCCGGCAAGGACACCAGUACCUACAAGCCUGGCAGGGACUACUAAUCGAGGAUGGAGAUGCUCCUGCGCUGCUGCUUCUGGUAGCAACCGUGCUGCUGCCAAACUGUAUCUUGUUUAGGUUCACAGUUUCAGACUUUCAGUUACGCACGUAUCUACGUGUGCGUUUCACUUUGCUUUGA